GAGCUUUCAUUCAUGAAAAUCCAUAGAUAUAUUAUUAAGUUUAGUUUCUUCCAUCAUAGUACUCUUGCCUCCAUUUUCUCUUCCUUUUCCUUUUUCAUCUGAGGUUUGUUCGUGAUGAUGCUUUGUUUGGGUCGGAAUCCUGGCCCUCUCCUACUCUUUAGUUUCUUUUCAUCGGUACGAUUCUCCAUACACUCGCAAGAUAUUUCUCCAUGGAAGUGGCAGGUUCAGCUCGAGAUACCCACUCAUGGCGUUAGAAUCGGACUCUUCUUUUGCAGCUUCUGUUGACUCUGAUGUGGCCGAUAAAAACGCUGCUGGAUUCUGCAUCAUAGAAGCAGAAACAGUACAAGAUUUUGCAAAAAUGGAACUACAAGAAAUUCAGGAUAACAUUCGAAGUCGGAGGAACAAGAUUUUCUUGCAUAUGGAAGAGGUUCGUAGACUCAGGAUACAGCAGAGGAUUAAAAGUGCUGAAUUAGGAUUGAAAGAACAGCAAGAGAAUGAACUUCCAAACUUUCCAUCAUUUAUUCCUUUUUUGCCUCCCUUGAGUGCAUCAAAUCUUAAGCAAUACUAUGCGACUUGUUUUUCUCUUAUUGCUGGUGUGAUGCUAUUUGGUGGCCUCCUCGCUCCCACUGUAAGUUUUUCUGCUUUCAUUCAUAUUUGUGCACACAAAUUUAUUGUUUUUCUCAUGCAUCUUCCUAUGCAGUUGAAUCAGGUUGAUCCCAUUGUGGCAUCAUUCUCGGGUGGGGCAGUUGGGGUGAUUUCAGCAUUAAUGGUUGUUGAGAUCAACAAUGUUAAGCAGCAGGAGCAAAAGAGAUGCAAGUACUGCCUUGGUACUGGAUAUCUUGCGUGUGCUCGCUGUUCAAGCACCGGCUCACUUGUUCUGAUUGAACCGUUAAGCACAGUCAACGGCAGAGAUCAGCCUUUAUCACCUCCAAAAACUGAGAGAUGUUCUAACUGUUCUGGAUCUGGCAAGGUUAUGUGUCCAACAUGUCUGUGCACUGGAAUGGCUAUGGCAAGUGAACAUGAUCUUCGCAUUGAUCCUUUUGACUAGAGCUCUUACACUGUUAGUGUUUUACGUUAUUAGGCAAUUCCUAAACGUGUGCUAGUGUUAUAAUUUAUAAAUGUCUAUCAACGGGGGACAAUGGAAUUUUUUUGUAUAUAUGUACACAAGUACUUAAUUACAUGCAAAUAGGGAAAAAAGAGAAUGAAAGUAAUUAUGAUAUAACGUUUCCUACC